AUGCCGAAGAAUAAGGGAAAGGGAGGAAAGAACAGAAGGAGGGGGAAGAAUGAUAACGAUGAUGACAAGAGAGAACUCAUUUUCAAAGAGGACGGUCAAGAAUACGCUCAGGUGAACCGCAUGCUUGGCAACGGCCGUUGCGAGAGCAAGUGCUUUGACGGCACCACUCGCCUCUGCCACAUUCGCGGAAAGCUUCGCAAGAAAGUAUGGGUCAACGCCCAGGACAUUGUUCUCGUGGGCCUUCGUGAUUACCAGGACGACAAGGCUGACAUCAUCCUCAAGUACUCGCCGGACGAGGCCAGAAAUCUUAUGAAGUAUGGCGAGAUUCCGGACACCACCACUAUCAACGAAAACGCCGCCGAGGGCGAGGAUGGCGAGGAGGGUGACGACGUCGUUUUCGACUUUGAGGCCAUCGAUGAGAUUUAGGCCAGUGCUGCUUGUUUCAAGCUUUCGCUCACCUCCACGGGUAGCUUGUUAAUGGUUCACAUUCUGGUUGCAUAUUGACACUGCUACCGUGCAUGGAGAGCCUGCGUGAUACUCGCCGAGCGGGCGAUGCGAGCCCUCACCGGGACCCAUUGACUUUCUUUCUCGCUUUCGAGACUUCAUCACAACUUGGUCAACGCACAUUGCAUGUCCAAGGCAGUCGGUCCUGGAUGUCCUCUGGGAUGCACCUGCCUUGGUGGCUGGUUUCUUUCUCCGACGGCUGACGCCAUUUCAUCGUUUAGCUUGUUUUUUUUGUAUUACAUGUAAUGUGCGGUCUCGCUGGCUGCCAGGCGAGUCGUCGUUUGUAAGUAGUAUCUCCUUUGUGUCCAAUUAAAUAGAUUGCAGAUUCCCUUUCUUCCAUUAUCCAUCGCUAUAUCUUUUCUAUAGAA